AUGCGGUGUUAAGAUCAGUUAAGAUUGUCGGCGAAACUUUGUGGAUUUAAUUAAUGUCAUUAUUUAUUUUGUACACACUCCGUAAAGGAGGAAAGUAUUUAUGUAAUAUUAAUUGAAACGCGACAAAAGAGAGAGUGAGAGUGGGGGGGAGAGAGAGGGAGAGAGAGAAAGAGAGGGAGAGAAAGAGAGGGAGAGAGAGAGAGAGAGAGAUUAGUAUUAAAGUUACUCGACAUAGGAAUUUCUACAUUUUAAAAACAGUCAAUAAAAGAAUAAGUCAUGGUAAAAGAAUAGCAGUCUGUGCAAAACAUGCAUGCAUGUGUAUUGAAGAAUUUAGAAAGUUACAAAAAACAUGUCAACAUAUCUUAGGAAGUAACUAUGGAGGAGAAAGAUAGUACUGAUGUAUUGGGAGAUGAAGAAUCUGAAGAGACAGAAAAUAUAAUAAUAAAUGAAGUUGAUGGAUUACCUAAUUUGCAUCCAAAUUAUGAACAAUUGGAACUUGAUUUUGAAGGAGAAAAGGGCCAUGAAUUGAAUUCAAGGUCAAUAGAUGAAUUGGUUCAUGAUGAAGAUUUACCAACAUCUGUUAUUGUCACAAAUGUAGAUCCUGGAGUGUUCAAAGUAGAUGAAUUAAAAUCCGGAAUAGAGAAUCUUUUUAAGCAAUUUGGAGAAGAUGCUACAUUCCAAUACUUCAAAUCAUUUAGAAGAAUGAGAGUUAACUAUAAUUCUCCAAGUGCAGCAGCCAGUGCUAGAAUACAAUUACAUCAAACUCAUUUUGGUGAAACUGAUAUUAAUUGUUAUUUUGCACAACCAGUAACACCAAUAGAUAUGGAAGAUCAACAUCUUCAACCACCAGCUCUUACAAAGCAGUUCCUAAUUUCUCCUCCAUCGUCUCCACCUGUAGGGUGGGAGCCACGAGAGGAAAAUGAACCUUUAGUUAACCAUGAUUUAUUAGCAGCUAUAGCAAACUUAUCUGCAGGUGGUAGUCAUGAGUUACACCCAGGAGGUUCUGGACAACCAGGCAUUGUUGUUCACGUAUGUGAAACAGAGAAUCCUAUGAAAAGUGGCCCACGUAUUCAACAUACACGUUGUCCAGAACAUUAAUGAAAUUUAUUUGGAUAAACAUUACACAUAAUACACGUCCAAUAAAUCAUUUAUCCAUCCAAGAAGUAACUAUAAUAAAAAUAUCGUACAAAAACGGCAAUGAACGUAAUUAUAAUUUAUAUCAGUAUGUUGCAAACUCGUUCUUAUUUCUUUUUUUUUUUUUUUUUUAACUUUUGUCAUUAAAGUUAAAUAUUAAAGAGUCAUUAGUCAGUGAACAUGAAAAUUCUUAUAAAAUGUAGGUAUUGAAUAUAUAAUAUUAAAGUUCUAAUCAAAAUUAAGUACAUGAAACUCUUGUUAUAUCAAUGUAAAAAUUCGAAAACACUAUAAAUGUUAUUAUAAUCACUGUUUAAAUGUAGUCUAGAAGUUCUAGACUUAUAUCAGUUUGAAGUGUCUGUUCUGAUUAAAUAUUUUGAUUAAUUUUUAGAUUAUUAAAUGCUAAUUUGGGCUAAAUCAAUAUAUAAAAACGAAAAAUGUACAGUUUAAGAAUUUUUAAAAAUAGGGAUUAUCCUUAGCAAUGAAGAAGUUACAUAUUAUAAAAAAUGUUGGUAAAAAACAUUGAUGUUUCGUGAAACACAAAUUUUAGCUAAAAACAGAUUGGAUAUUAAAUCUCUAACAUCAAAUAAUAAUUGUAUUCUCUGCUGUGUCAUGAAAAUUACUCUUUAUCGCGUAUACUUAAAGCUUCUACAUUAUGCAGUAUUAGACAAUAUGAUAAUACUGAUAAGUAUAACAAAAAACAGAGUAAUGCUGCAUUGAUGACUUAAAUUGUUCUUCAAAUUAUCGAUGUUCCUUGUAUUUUAAAGUAUUGCUCAUUGUUUUACUUUAAUGUUGUGGAAAGCAAAUGUUAUUAUAGUUAGAAGCCUAUAAUAAUUAAUAAAAAAUGAAAACGUCAAUCUGAUCGUAAUCUUCACGUUCAGCAGAUUCUUUGAGAACAUGUUAUUCUAAUGUAAGUUGUGUUUGUGUGUGAAAGUUAAGGUUCAAAUUGUAGUUAUGAUAUUAACAUAUGAUGUACAUAUACACGUGUGCGUGCGUGCGUGUUAUUUUAUGAAUGAGAUAAAACAGAUAUAAACGAUCUUGGAUCAUUUUGUUUUUUCUA